GUCUCCAUCACUGCUUGUUUUUUGGCUGUCUGUGGUAUUGGGCUGUGUUGCUGGGUGAUUGUGAUAAUAUUUUGAUGAUUAACCUUUUUAUUCAGCGGUAGAGAAUUCUGAAAAUCCCAGGGGGUGCUACAAACCCCUAUUUAUCCACCCCUGUAGUUUUUAUUUUAAGUUCCAUCCAGUACCAGUAUGAGUGUUUAUGGCAAUGGAAGGUAGCUGAAACAUUUCAUUAUUGUAAUUUUAAUCUUUUGAGACCUGAAUUUCAACAUUCUCUUGAGAGCCUGAGAGCAUUCAUGCCAAGGUUUCUGAGUCUGUUUCAUGAUAAAGAGACAAUAUUUGUAAUGGAGUCAACUUGUGGGUCAAGUCAGCAGAACUUGAUAAAUGAGUAGAGUCCAGUUACGAUGAGUCACAGCAACCGGCGAUGGAGCGUCAACAUCCUGACUGAGGCCAUGUUCCCGGGCAUUGGUCUGGAGCCUGUGGCCAGCGGCCGGCCACCGCGGCCCGCUCUGGGCGCUGAGCUGGUGGCCAGCCUGCCCCUCCAAAUGUGCCUCUACUUCAACAUCCUGUACCUGCCGUGCUGGUCAGCGGUGCUGGCAGUCGUGUUCCACGCCAAGCUGGAUCGGAUGGACUUUCUGAACCGGUACAUCUACGUGACGGUGGUGGUGGGCGCGCUACUGAUGGAGGCCGCGCGGCUCUACGUCGGCUACAUGGGCAGCCUGCGUGAGGACGUGCCCGACCUGGCCGGCUUCUGGCUGAUCACGCUGCUGCUGGCGUGCCCGCUGCACGGCCUGCUGCUGCUGAACCGGGGCGCGCUGCAGCUGGCGCCCGAGCUGGCCGUGCUCUGGCCGCAGGCCGUGUUCGUCACUGCCGAGCUGGUGCUCGGGUACGCGGCCGCCCGCCGGCUGGCCCAGCACCAGGUCAGCAAGUUCCACGCCGCCAGCGCCGCCCGACAGCAGCAGAAGAGCGAGUGAGCCCGGCCGUCAGGGGCCAACCCAGUGAUCUCAUCCGUCCAGUCGGAGGUCGGCGGUCGCCCGAUUCCCGCAGUCUUCGUCACUGAUCUCGCCCAGCGCUGGGCCCGUCAGAAGUGCUUCAUAAUUACAUGUAAGUGCUAGAAGGCACAUAGAUUAUGCGCAAACUCGCAUAACUCCCGCAAACAUGUAUCAAGUCCACUACAUCCAAUAAAUGAAACAGCUUCUAA